AAAUUUUAUAUUCAGCUGGGUUUUUUUUUUUGCCGCUGUGACUUCUGCUUGUAGUUGUAGGAUCUUCUCGCUGGGAAAGGAUUGGACACGGGUGUAAAAAUGUUGUCACGAUUAGCUCUUAGAACUGCUGUUCAGGCACACAAGAGUGCAACAUCGUGUCUUGUCGGGGCCGUGCGAGUCAACAGCACCAGUCCUCUUGACGGCCCUGAACGAGACUUGGUCAACUUUCCCAGACCAAAGCGGCCAGAACACCCUUCCCCUGUCCGCUAUGCUUUCGUCCCUGAAGAGUGGUUUGAGUUUUUCUACAAAAAGACUGGUGUUACUGGGCCGUACGUAUUUGGUGCUGGUAUUACAACUUAUUUGUUAAGUAAGGAAAUCUGGGUCAUGGAGCAUGACUUUGGAUUCCUAUGGGCAUUUGGUAUCAUCGUGUAUUUAGCCAACAAAAAAUUUGGUAAACAAGUUUCCACUUACGCAGACAAAUUGGUUGAUGAAGAAGAACAGAGGAUCUGUGCAGGAGAAGAGGAAACCCUGAAGAACUUAAAGGACGGAAUAGAAGGAGAGAAGAAGGCCCAGUGGAGCGCGGACGGACAGUUGAUGUUGUUUGACGUCAGACGCGAAAAUGUUGGUUUACAAGUAGAAGCAAUCUACAGAGAACGAGCCCUUCAAGUCUACACAGAGGUGAAGAAGCGACUGGACUUCCAGCUGGAGCUGGAGAAUGUGGAGCGGAGGAUUGCCCAGAAACACAUGGUCCAAUGGAUCAUAAGCAACGUCCUCAAGUCCAUCUCUGCACAGCAGGAGAAGGACGCGCUGAAAAAGUGUAUUGUGGAUCUCCAGGGUCUGGCUGCUCGGGCCUAGAGAUCAACUAUCUAGAGCGUUAGAUCUCCCAGUCUUGUUCAUUUAUACUAAGUUACUAAGUAAAUAAACCGUUAUUACCAAUA